CCGCGAAGUAUAAUAUCAAAACCCAAACUCUAUUUCUCCCGCUUAUAAACAAGCAAACACAUAGUACACCCUAGCAGUCUCUUUCUUCCUCCAUUUCUCCUCUAAAACCCUAAUUUCUCUCUAAAACCCUAAAAGCAGCUAUGGAGUUUUGGGGUGCUGAGGUGAAAAGUGGAGAGCCAUUAACUGUACAGCCUGGAGAUGGGAUGGUUUUGCAUCUUUCACAGGCAUCUCUAGGUGAGUUGAAGAAGGAUAAAUCAGAAAGUGCCUGCUUGUCAGUGAAUAUUGAUGGCAAGAAACUUGUUCUUGGGACACUCAACUCAGAGAAGGUGCCUCAACAGCAAUUUGACCUGGUUUUUGAUAAAGACUUUGAAUUAUCUCACAACUUGAAAAGUGGCAGUGUCUACUUUUUUGGAUACAAGGCAACUAACCCGUUUGAUGAGGAAGAGGAUGACGAAGAUGAUUAUGAUGAUUCUGAUGAGGAUAUCCCCCUCACUCUUGCCAACAGUGGUAAACCUGACCCUAAAGAGGCUGGGAAGUCUAACGCUGGAAAGGAUUCUGCUUCAGGAAAGCAGAAGGUGAGGAUUGUGGAGCCUACUAAAGAUGAUGAAGAUGAGAGCUCUGAUGAUGAUGGUUCUGACUUGGGAGAGGAUGAAGACGACUCUGAUGAGAGUGAGGAGGAGACACCAAAGAAGGCUGAGCCUGCAAAAAAGAGGAAGGCAGAUUCAGCUACAAAAACACCUGUCACUGAUAAAAAGGCAAAAUUGACAACACCUCAAAAAACUGAUGGCAAAAAAGGUGGUGUCCAUGUAGCAACACCGCACCCUUCUAAGCAGGCUAGUAAGACUCCAAAAUCAGCUGGAUCUCAUCACUGCAAGCCGUGCAACAGGAGUUUUGGUUCUGAAGGUGCUCUCGAAUCUCACUCGAAAGCUAAACACAGUGCUGGAAAGUAAAUAGACAUGGAGACAUUUAGUCUUUGUUUGGUUGUUACCUAUGAUCAGAAGAGAGCUUUUUUAGUCGUUUUUUUCCCCGUUUCGAUUUGGUUCAUCUGAUGUAAAGGAAAGAUGAGUUACAUCUAUUAUGAUCUAUCUCUAGGUCAAUCAUCUGUUUUGAUGUUUAAGACUUGUUAUGUUUUCAAUGAGAGUUUUGGAUUGAAUCAGAGAAUGUUAUUGCCUGUUGGUAUCUUGUUAUUUGGGAAAAAAAAAACUAAUGUUAACAUUACAAUCUCAAUCUA